AAAGUGCAAUAAUUCAAUAUUGAUAAGUAGUCAUUUGCCAGAGGUGUAACUAAACUGCACAUGGAUGGUUUCAUCACAAUGUGACAACAUUACUUCAGUUCAAAUGACUUAAUCACUUAACAUUACCUUCAAUUCAAAUAACUUAAUUACUUUUAGUCAAUAUUACCAUUCAGACAUGGAGACAAAGGGGGUUUCUUCUAGAAUAACCUGAGUGAAAAGGAAACAGUGAGCUUUGUGACCUGAAAGAUGGAAACCUUGUGUUCUUUUUCUCAAGUCAAAUGCACGUUCCUAACUAAUUGCUGAGACUUGUAUAGGAUAGAGGUGAAAUGUCACUCAUGUAACCUUUGUACAGGGCAAAGUUGUAGUGGAUUGAAGGCAUAAGACAGGUACAAUAACAAAAGCAAGUAUGCACAUGUACCCCCAACUAAAGACACUAAAGAGUAAGAGGAAAACAACCUUACACAACAAGAGUCCAAAAAUAACUAACUAACCAAAGGGGAGGUAGGUUUUAACACUUAGUUAUACAUAGGAGAUGUGGAAACCAAAGUGGGGAGGGAUAUUGAAAGCAUGUACAAAUAAGGAUAUGAAAAUUGAAAGAAGACAGUUGUAUUAACUUUUCAAGACAAAGGGUGUGCUACAAUUUAAAAUGGAGUUUGGCCUUGGAAUCUUUUGGAUACACGAGAAUAACCAUAGAUGUAAACAUCGCUGGAAGGUUUUUGCUUAACCUAAAAACACCAACUAGCAUGUGAGAAGGGCUCAAUCAUGGGACCACCACCAUUAACAUAGUUUUAGAUUCCAUCAUUAGCAUGAGAAAAGGCAUUACCUAAUUCUAAUUAUCAAAAGGAACAAUAAUAGUUAGGCCACUUUGUACUCCAAUGUACUAAAGGUUGCAACUCACAAUAAGAAAAUCAGAAUACUAUGAUAAUACCCCGUUCACUUCAGAUUUGCUUUAAAUAAGAUAUCCUAUACAAAUAGAAAAGUAAUUAUUUCUAUGCAUUACAAAUAGAAAAUUCCCAUCAUUUGACUCAGAUUGAUCCUAAGUGGUUAUGAGAAGUCAAUUAAAAUGUCUCCUUAGUGGCUUCCUCCCAAAGUAAUAAUGAAAAUACAGACCUUGAAUGCAUAUGACGGAAGGCCCCAACCCAAGGUAAAGUUUGAACCCCUUGAGUAGUUCAACAUACAGUGCAAAAGUGGUAUAAUACAUAAAACAGAAAGGUAAAAGGAUAACAAGAAAGAACCUGUCAUUAACAAAAACACACGUGAACCAUAUUUACAGUUCAAUACCAAAACAUUUUCAGGCCAGAAUAUAUCAGUAACCUAGGUUGCUCGGACUCUCCAAAAAUGUUACCACACCCAUGUCGGAUCCUCCAAAAAAUGCACUACUUUUGGAGGAUUUGACACGCUCUUGGUGGCAUUUUUGAAGAGUCCGAGCAACAUAGACAGUAACGUAAUAUUCAAGCAUAGUUCUUUAAGAAGGAGAAGUGGAUAUUUCAUUACAUUUGCUGUGAAGUGGAUAUGUUCUUACAUACUUGGAAAAAGGACAAACUGUAGCCACAACAGUUGGACCAGGAGAGCACACCUUAUUACUCAAUGUAAAUAAUAUUCACCGUGCUUCAUUACAUAGCUCAACUCCAGUUCUAAACUUUCAACAACCAGUAACUCAGAAAUCCACCACCACCUCCAGCCCCUAUAAAUAUCCUUGUUCCUGGACACUCAAGUUAGUGUCUCUCAGUAUCUCCUUCCCUCUCUUCCUCUCUCGCUCUCUCUAUCUAUAUAUCUCUCCUUCUCUAUAUAUCUUUCAUAAGUGCAUGUGAGUGGGUAGUAUUUGUGCAUGGAUACAGAAGUGCAUGCAGAAAAAGGAUUUAUACACAAUUAAGCUCUCUCUAUAACACUCCAAAACAAGCAACAAGAGAUAAGAGGAAGAAGCUUAAAGAAGAUGGCAGCAGAACAGAUCAAAAAGCACCCGACAUUACCAGAGGUCAAGGAGGAAUUGAAGAAAAUAAUUGACAGAGGUUUUCCUAUACUUGCUAUGGGCUUGGCAACCUAUUUGAAAAACAUGAUUUUAGUUGUGUGCAUGGGAAGGCUGGGAAGCUUGGAGCUGGCAGGGGGUGCACUGGCCAUUGGCUUCACCAAUAUUACUGGUUACUCAGUCUUGUCUGGCCUAGCCUUGGGGAUGGAACCACUUUCUAGCCAGGCUUUUGGAUCAAGAAACUUAACUUUAGUGUCUCUUGCCCUCCAAAGGACAAUCUUUAUGUUAUUAACUGCAUCUAUACCUAUUGCCUUUUUAUGGUUUAAUUUUGAGUCUCUCAUGCUAAAGCUACACCAAGACUCACAAAUAAUACAUGUAGCAAGUGUAUUUUGCAGAUUUGCUGUCCCAGAUCUUAUUGCUAACAGCUUUCUUCACCCUUUACGCAUCUACUUACGGUGUAAAGGUACAACAUGGCCUCUAUUAUGGUGUACUUCACUUGCAACAAUGCUGCAUUUCCCUAUCACAGUUUACCUGACUUUUACUCUGAGUCUUGGGAUCCAAGGAAUUGCAAUUUCAACCUUUGUCUCCAACUUUGUCACCUUAUUCUUCCUUUUAGGCUAUAUAUUCUUUACUUAUGACCAAAACGGAUCUCCAUCAAAACCCCUAGCAGAAAAUGUAAAACUUCUUCCUUCCAUUUCUGUGGGAGAACAAUGGAUAAUGCUUCUUCAACUUGCUAUACCUAGCUGUUUAGCAGUUUGCUUAGAGUGGUGGUGGUAUGAAUUCAUGACAGUUCUAGCCGGCUACCUUGACAGACCUGAAGUUCCACUUGCUGCAUCUGCUAUCGUUAUACAAACCACAUCCCUCAUGUACACAUUACCUUCGGCCCUAAGUGCUUCAGUCUCAAGCAGGGUAGGGAAUGAACUUGGAGCGGGACGGCCAGCUAAGGCCCGCUUGGCAACAGGGAUAGCCAUAGGGCUGGCCUUUUUGACUUCAACAUUUGGAUUCAUACUGACCACCCUAGGGAGAGAAGCAUGGGGAAGAGUCUUUACAAAAGAUAGAGAAGUUCUGGAGCUAACAGCGACCGUUCUUCCCAUUAUUGGACUUUGUGAACUAGCUAAUUGUCCACAGACAACAUGUUGUGGGGUUCUUCGGGGGAGUGCUAGGCCCGGUGUUGGUGCAGGUAUUAACUUUUACUCGUUCUAUUUGAUGGGAACACCAGUGGCCAUCACUUUGGCCUUCGUUUGGAAGCUAGGAUUUUUGGGCCUUUGUUAUGGGCUUCUAGCAGCUCAAGUGGCAUGUGUAAUCUCAAUGUUAAUAGUCACUUAUAGUACUGAUUGGGAAGGAGCAUCAUUGAAGGCAAAAGAACUAGUGGGAAGAUCUAAUGAACUCCCAUAUGAAGAUCAACUGGUAAAAUUUGAGGAGGGUAAUGGAUUUCUCAAAAGAUUUAGCUUCUGAAGAGGAAGGAAAUCUAAGGAUGCAAUGGAUGGAAAGGAAAAGGAAGAGAUGGCACAGACAAGAAGAAAGCGAAGAACAUUACAUCCUCUCAGUAUUUCGAGUCAUAGAAUAUGCAACAUGUACCUUGGACUUUUGACGUUAAAGCAACUAGUUUCAUAUCUAACAGGAUUGUUGAUGGGAUAAUGGAAGUAUAGGCGAGCAGAAGUGUGUUUUAUAGCCCAAAUGUGUAAAUGUAAGAGGCUUUUGGUUUGCAUUUUCUAGAUAUCAAUAUAUGUUAUCUUAGUAGCUAUGACAUAAACAUUUGCAUGAGCUUCUAGUUUCUAUUUUACAGUUAUCAGACUAACCAUCACAACAUGCUUCAAAUUCAAUGCACCCUCUCUCCCUCCCUUCUUAAAAUUUGAGACAGAAAAGGAGUGCAUUUUAUCUCUGCAUUUGUGGGGCAUAAGCUCUAAAAGAAGAAGCAAAAGCCCUAUGAACUUCAAUUUUGGAUUAUCAAAUAUUAUUUGAAUAUUUAAAAGAUACUUUAGGAGAAAAAAAUAUUCAUUGUUAGGGGAACAAUCUUAUAAAUGGAACAAUUUUGAAUAGAAUAUUAUACUUCUCUAGGAGAAAUCAAUUACAGAAGUGAUAUAUUUUUUCUGAAGAUGUAAAGGUUUACUACAACACAUAUUUAGCUCAUAACAUUGAUUUUGUCAUUUUCACCUUUACUCCAUAUCUUUCACACAGUAAAACAUUUUGUGUACUUGUAAGUCUCUAUAAUAAGACAUUAGCUCAAAUUAACAUUGAUUUUCCUUAGGUAACCAAAAAUUGAGAUACAAAAGGAGCAGUCAGUAGAGAGAUACGAACAAACAGGGUCUGCAGUGAGAGGCCAACAGGAAUAAAAAAAUUUAAAGCCCGGGUGCGAUUUGAUAAUAUUGCCCUAAUGAGAGCCCAGUGCCUUUUAACAUGUUGGUAAGUAUAUAUAUUUCAAAAUCAUAAGUUCAUAACUAUCUGUAGAAAAUGAAAAUUAAAAGAGACCAAGAGAAAAAACUGAACAUAAGACACUAUGAAUUAUGCAAGAGCAUUAAAAUAAAUGUCAAAGACUUUCUUCACUUCUUCCACAACAUUCAUAUAAAAAUACACAGAUUGUGCUCUGCCGAGCCCCUAUACACCCCCUAAUGGCUUCUGAAAUUCAGUGUCUCUACACAUUGGGAGGCAAACUACACAAAGUGGAAAUGUAACUGACUUGGUAGCAGUGUUAUCAAAGGCGAAAAGCACAAAAAAGCUCUAAGGUCUGUUGGGGCUUUAAGCGCAAAG